GUAACAUUUACCAUGGCUAAAAUAUGUAUUUACGACCUAAAAUCUCUUUUUGCUAAUGACGAAGUGACGCCAAUUGUCACAGUCUUGGCAAUUUCUCAUUUACUAUCUAUAAAAAAUAAAAUACCUAUUUCAAUAAAAAAAAAUAUUCUGCGACAAGGUGUAACAUUUCAGUUGACAAAAACAAUGUUUUCAGUGCUUCUGGUGAAAGGAAGGAAUGGGAAAGACUUGCUGAUGAUGGAAGGCUACACUUACUACCAGCACAAGAUUUUGAGGGAUGGAUUUCGAUGGAGCUGCACUCAGAUGGGCUCAAGGUCAUGCAGAGGAUUCUUACACGUGAACCACGAUAUGUUUGUACUUCGAGCCUUUACUGAACACACUCAUCCUCCACCUUGGAAGACCCCUAAAUUCAAAAAGACUAAGGAUAAAAAGGGUUUUAACAUGGGCAAGAAAUUAUGGAAUCCUUUGCCCUGGAAGAUCAGCAGUAUUCAAGGUCGUGCGAAUUUCUGAUGAACGAAUGUCUUCAAACAUUGUGUUUGAAACAAGAUAUUAUUAUUAAGUUAAUGAUACUGUUCAGAAUAGUAUUGUUCAUAAGUAUUUUAAAUCCACUAUUUUUGUUGAUAUUACAUUAUUUAUUUGCCAAUUUCAUAAUUCUCUGGCCCUAGUGACAAGGCUUUAAGUCCAAUUUUGUCGAAAAUGAAUUAAUUAUACCAAAAAGAUCAGAAAAAAAUGCUUCAACGUUCAAUUGGUUUUAAAAACAUCCCAAUGUAUUUUAUUAUUUUUUAUUACGUAGCGGUUUAUAUGACACAACUUUUUGACCUGUGUUGUGUUUUUUGUGUCAUAAAGUUGCAUUUUUGGGCUUAGAUAAUUUUUCUCUAGGGUAUAUAAUUAAGGUUCUAAAUUCGGUUGGUAUAUUUUUCCAAAAUUGUUCUGAAAUCAUUCCAAGAUAUAAUUUAUGUUUUAUGUCAACCGAUGAUCUAG